UUCAGUCCGUUAAAAGCGGUAGUCUCUUCAGACAGAUUAAAAACAAAACAAGUUAUACUGAAAGCUAAAAGUUUCAUUAAGCAUUGAUACUAUACUACUAUAGCAAAUAUUUAAUAUUUAACUUAAUAUUCGUAGUAAAUACUGACAAGACAGCGUAUCAAUCUAAAAUGAGCGUGAUUGGAAGGGACGUUUUCCAAGACGUAGGCAAUGGACAACUGAAGAACUGUUGGACUAUAUGUGAACUUCCGAACAUGGAUGAUAAAGCUUGUCGCUUUUAUUGUAAAGAUUAUGUCCACAGUACGACAGCCUCAACUAGAAUCUUGACGGCAUUUUCCACAACGUCCGCAGAAGCUGAAAAUGAAAGUAUACCCCCUUCAGUAAAGCUCGAAUUCAUUAUCCUAAUUAUUAUGGCAUCAGUAAUUCUAUUUGGAAUAAUUUCAAUAAUGUUUUGCUUGGCUAACGUUAAACGCAAAAGGAAAUCCACUAAGAAUUCCACAGACGAGGAAACUGGUCAAAAGCGUCCUUGCAACGUAUAUGUGCACAACGAAACUCCCCAGUUCGUACCUGGCCAUCCAGGUCAAGUGGCGAUUGAUGCCGGGAACCCAGCCUGGGAUCCCUCUGCCACUGAACCAUUACUUCCGGGUAGUAACCGAGAAACGAAUGACAGACUCGAUGUCCAAGAUAGUCUCAUUCCAGACACGCCAUCGGGUGAUGUCAACAACGAUAACGUUUCAACUAAUUCGGACCGGUCCGGUUUGGCACAGUACGGGAGUGGGCUAAACGAUGAAGCGUUUGUAGCGGCAGAACAGUUCCAACAAGACGGUUUAUCUGCUGAUGAAUAUCGUAGAAAAGAGAACGAAGUGAUCAGGGGGGAAAAGGUAACCCAGAUGAGAUUUGGCGAUACAAAACCUAUUUGAUGGUAACACAUUGAAUACCCUGUUAGAGCAGAAACAGUCGCCACCACUGUGCAACAAAUACUUACGUCCAUUUCACUCCGUCCGCACUGAACGAGGAGCAGUCUCCAGCAAAAACGGUGCGUCUCAAGAUAACUAGGACGACGACAAACAACUGAAACUACCACCAAUAGACGACUUCCGUUUAUAAUAUAACGUCCAGAGGUUGUGUGAUUAAAUCGUCAUUUUGUUACACGUUUUGAUUUUUAUUUUUUUAAAUGCAUUAAUAUAUUCGUAUACUUUUAAAUUAGUAGGUCUUGGUCUUUCAAACUAGUUUCUGAAAUAAACAUUGACUUUGAUUUCGUUUUAUGACUAUAUUUUUGUGUACAGCUGUUAUUCAAGCAUUGUAUUCACGAGUCAUUCGACACGUGCAAAAUCACGAAUAUUUCUUAUUGUAUUAAAACCUUUCCAUAUUGCUCACUUACUGGUGUUGUGAUGCCAUGUACAUGUAUAGUACUUUGUUAUUGUUUUUGUGUAACUUUUGGUCAGUAGCUAAGGAAAUAUGUUUUAUGAUAAUUCUCCUAUAACUGCUUAUGUGUCCAAUAUUUAGCCAAAGCAUGUUUAUUCUGAUUAUUUUAAAAAAUGCUUUUGUGCUCAAUAGCUAGACACACAUGUUGUAUUCUAGUUAAUAUAAAACUGUUUUGUGCUCAAUAGCUAGACACACAUGAUGUAUUCUAGUUAAUAUAAAACUGU